GCAGACUCCACAGUUCCUGCCAGGAGAAAGGAAUAUUCUGAGGGGAGUCUACACCCUGUGGAGCUCAAGAUGGUCCUGAGUGGGGCGCUGUGCUUCCGAAUGAAGGACUCGGCAUUGAAGGUUCUUUAUCUGCAUAAUAACCAGCUUCUAGCUGGAGGGCUGCAUGCAGGGAAGGUCAUUAAAGGUGAAGAGAUCAGCGUGGUCCCCAGUCGGUGGCUGGAUGCCAGCCUGUCCCCCGUCAUCCUGGGAGUCCAGGGUGGAAGCCAGUGCCUGUCAUGUGGGGCGGGGCAGGAGCCGACUCUAACACUAGAGCCAGUGAACAUCAUGGAACUCUAUCUUGGUGCCAAGGAAUCCAAGAGCUUCACCUUCUACCGGCGGGACAUGGGGCUCACCUCCAGCUUCGAGUCAGCCGCCUACCCGGGCUGGUUCCUGUGCACGGUGCCUGAAGCGGAUCAGCCUGUCAGACUCACCCAGCUUCCCGACAAUGCCGGCUGGAAUGCCCCUAUCACAGACUUCUACUUCCAGCAGUGUGACUAGGGCAAUAUGCCCCCCAGAACUCCCUGGGCAGACCAGCUUGGGUGAGGGAACCAGCGCAAGCACACACGUUCCAGGCUCACACCCCUGGUGGCUGGACUUGCUCCCGGAUAGCCUCAGUCAGGAAGAAGCAGAGCUGCCUGGAGCCUGCUGGGUUGGUGGAAGCCUUGGUGGAUUCUGGCAGGCCAAUUAUAGCGAGGACCGGACACCACUGACUGCAGGAAUGUGUUCUCUCCCCAUGGCAAGAUACUACAUAAUUAAAUAUGCAGACCAGAAGGCUCUAUACACGAGAGAUGGCCAACUCCUAGUGGGAGAUCCUGUUGCAGACAGCUGCUGUGCAGAGAAGAUCUGCAUACUCCCUAACAGAGGCCUGGACCGCACCAAGGUCCCCAUCUUCCUGGGGAUCCAGGGAGGGAGCCGCUGCCUGGCAUGUGUGGAGACAGGAGAGGGGCCUUCCCUACAGCUGGAGGAUGUGAACAUUGAGGAACUGUACAAAGGUGGUGAAGAGGCCACACGCUUCACCUUCUUCCAGAGCAGCUCAGGCUCCGCCUUCAGGCUCGAGGCUGCUGCCUGUCCUGGCUGGUUCCUGUGUGGCCCGGCAGAGCCCCAGCAGCCAGUACAGCUCACGAAGGAGAGUGAGCCCUCGGCCCGUACUGAGUUCUACUUUGAACAGAGCCGGUAGGGAGACAGGAGGCUGUGUUUCAGCCUGGUGCCCACAAAUCAAGCUCAUUCUGCUCAGGGUCUAUGGAAGGCAGAAUAAUGUCCCCCCAAAUAUGUCCACAUCCUAAUCCCAAGAUCUGUGCAUAUGUUACCAUACAUGGCCAAAGGGGUUUUGCAAAUGUGAUUAUGUUAAGGAUCUUGAGAUGAGGAGACAAUCCUGGGUUAUCCUGGUGGUCUCAGUAUAAUCGCAAGGGUCCUUGUGAGAUGGAGUCAGGAAGGGAGAGUCAGAGAGAGACUGGAAGAUACCAUGCUUCUAAUUUUGAAGAUGGAGUCAGGGGCUUUGAGCCAACAAAUGCAGGGGUUUUUAGAAUGUGGACAAGCCAAGGGAAAGGGUUCUCCUCUAGAGGCUCCAGAAGUAACACAGCUCUGCUGACACCCGGAUUUCACCUCAGCAACACCCAUUUCAGACUUCUGACCUCCACAACUCUAAAAUAAUAAACUUGUGUUAUUGUAAACCACUAA